UAGCUUUCGAGUUAAGGUGAGAGAAAGCAGUAACUAUAGAAUUAUGGGUAAUCAGGAUUUAUACAAAUAUCAGGGGGAGGGGUUCUCUUCCUUCGUCUCUCCUAUACGGACCCGAGGCACUUUUAACUAACUCUCCACGCCACCCAGCUGCCAGCCAUUGCUGCCUGAGGAUGCUGCCUGAGUAGUGACGGGAUCUGUCUUUUUGUUCUCUAUGCCUCAUUCUCCUUGUUGCCCAGCAGCCAGAAGAUGCUGCCCUGGAUUUGAGAGCUUCAUCUUUCAAGUGUGUUCUGUCUCUCAUCCUCCUCUGUGAGAGUUCAUAGUGUCUUGUUUGUAUGUCUUGUCCUGGCCCUUACUCAUCUCAAGCCACUCAGCAGCCAGAGGAUGCUGCCUGACCCGGUCCUUUGAGUACAGGGAUCUGCCCAGCCUGUCCUAUGUCUAACUCAAGCACUCGCUUCAAGCUUGCUGCCCCUCAAGCCUUUCUUUACUCUCAAACCCUCAUAGGCGCCCAGUGAAAUUAUGUUAUUUACAUUUAAAAUUGUGAGCAGACAGGUUUGUUGAUUUUUUGAGUAGUAUUGUUCCUUGUGAUCACACAAUACUGAGCUCAAGUCAUGUCAUUUCAUAAAAACGCCAGGUGCUCAGUGUUUGGUAUUUGAGUUGAGUUAAAAUUAUCAAAAUGAGUUGAUUAAGAAUCUGUGUAAAUAGCCAUUCAAAAAGACAUGAUUUUAAUUUACACAAGAACAGCGAUUACAAUUGCACGACUUCAAGAAAACAAUGUGGAGGUCUUGACGUGCCCAGCUUUUUCUCCUGACCUGAGUCCAGUAGAACAUCUGUGGGACCAAAUCGCCAGUGCCAUCCACAGAAGACAAACGCAACCAGCCAGUGGCGGAACAUCCCACAGCAGUCUAUCCAGAGGCUGAUCAGGUCUAUGCAUCAACGCUGCCAGGAUUGUGUUAAUGCUCAGGGAGGUCACACCCAGUACUAACUUUGUAAUGUUUUUAUUUUGACAGUGUGUCACGUUUCAUUCUGAAAGCUUAUCACAUUCCUUUUUUUUUUUUAAGCAGCUUACCCAUGUUAUUCUGCUUAUUUAUUUUUUUGUUUUGUUUUGUUUUGUUUCCGUUGCCAUGAAAACGAUCUGUUGACUGACAGGUUUGAAAGUUGUACUCACAGGAUCCCUUUGGCUGUGUGAAAGGGUUAUGAUGGUAUUAUACCAGCAUAGAUUGUGCAAUUCCGUGCUGUGUGAAUGGUUAUUUUAAAUUUUUUUAACAUCUCUGAGACGGCUCAGUAGCGGCAUUUGUGUGUGAAAGUGGUAUUGUUAAAUAGAUUGUGAACGUAUGGAGUUCCAUCCUAACAAUCAUAGUCAAGUGCAUGUUGUAAGGAUUCUUAAAGGGUAACUACAGUGUAACUACAUGCUGUUUAUGUACUGCUCUUUAUACUGCAUAUGUAUCUGUCAAAGUAAUAAAAUAACGUUUAGAUGUCAUAGGAAUCAGAACAGUUGGGCAGUCACACGUCUCGAGCGAAGUGAGUGCAAGGACAGAACAUGGGAUUGCAAGGAAGGAAGUUAACAAAGUUAUUUUCUUGAGCAUCUCAUAGUUUUUUGACAUGUAUAGGCAAAAGAAGUUAUAAUGCAAGCUUUGCUGAACAAUAUAUAAUCAACAUCAGUUCACCUUGUACAGAAUACCAACUAAAUAAGAUGAAAAAAGGAACCAAUUACACUGUGCUGCUUUCUGGACGCACAUCUGCCGGUUUAGGAAAAUCUUCAAAUAUAACAUUUGAAACAGAUAUAAGUGAACCCGAGCCUCCUGAAGUGAGUGGAAUGUUGGUUUAUAACAUCACUGAUGCAACUGCUGUUCUUCCACUGAAACUUGUUGCGGAAGUCAAUGGACCAAUCAGUGCAUAUCAAAUUAUAAUAAAGAAACUGAAAAAAAAAUUACCAAGUAAAAGAAGUCUAUCAGACAUGUGCCAAAGAAGUGACAUACCAGCAUUCAACUCCGCUGCAAGUAAUGACUUGUACAUUACUGCUGAGAUUCCAGGCAGUGCUCUUGGAAGUGCGUUUACAAUAGGAGAUGGCAACAUGUACCAAGGCUAUUACAAUGCUCCACUGUUGCCUGAAGCACAUUAUACAGCUAUUAUUCGGAUCGUCAGCACUUGGAAUAAGGUCACAAAGUACUCCUGCAGUGAAUAUGAUUCAUUUAGUGUAUCCCCAAGGAUUGUUAAAGAAAGCAAUGCAGCGUGGGUAGCCUCUGGCUCAUCACUGGGGAUUCUGGUUAUUAUACUUGCAAUGGCAAUAGGUUACAGGAGAUUAUCCAGAAAAUGUCAACGCAACACUGAGGAGAUGGAAAGUAUUUCACUGAUAAAUAAAGGGAAUGUGGAUACAGAAAUUCAAGUGAAGGAUUUAUUAACAUAUGCGAUCAGAAAAAAGAAACUGGAGUAUGAGAAUGAAGACGAUGAAGAAAGUGUGGGUCUCGCCAAAGAAUAUAGCAGUAUUCCAUGUGAUUUGAUACAUCCAAAUACAGUUGCAACUCAGCCACACAACAAAGGGAAGAAUCGAUAUAUAAAUAUCACACCUUAUGAUCAAUCUCGUGUUGUCCUACAAGCAACCAGCAAUAAAGAGGAUUCUGAUUAUAUCAAUGCCAGCUAUCUGGAUGGAUACAAAAAAACAAAUUGCUACAUAGCUACACAAGGCCCUCUGGCAUCAACUGUAGAUGAGUUUUGGAGGAUGAUUUGGCAAGAGAAAUCAGAAGUCAUUGUGAUGCUUACAAACCUAAUUGAGCAGGAAAAGGCUAAAUGUGUAAAGUACUGGCCCGAGCAGUCACAACAGUACAGUGAUUUCACUGUCACUCUAUCAAGUGUAAAAAGAACGUUGGAAGUUGUUAUCCGAACAUUCAGAGUGAAAAAGGAGGAUUCUUCCAUGGAAAGGACAGUAACACAGUUUCACUACAUUUCCUGGCCUGAUCAUGGGGUGCCUAAAAAAUUGACUGGACUGAGAUCUCUUUUGAAAAGGGUCAAUGAAUGUAACAUACCUGGCAGUGGGCCUAUUGUUGUGCAUUGCAGUGCAGGAAUUGGUCGCACUGGCACUUUUAUAGCCUUGGACUGCCUCUUAAAAAGGGCAGAGGAAGAAGGGAAAGUGGAUGUGAUGCAAUGUGUGAAAAAACUGAGAGAGAAACGAGUAAAUAUGGUCCAGACAGUGGAGCAAUACAUAUUUUUAUAUGAUUCACUGGUAGAAUUCCUUAUUUGCGGAGACACUUCUGUUGAAGUUCAAGACCUAUAUGAUAAAAUGAAAGGGAUGGAAUGGAUUGAUCCUGCAACUGGAAAGGAUAGGUACACAACGGAGUUUGAGACUCUUCAGAAGUUUUCAGAUUUAUACAUGUUCCGUCCAUGUAGGAAUGCUCACAAACAACUCAACAAACACAAGAACAGAAACUCAGAGAUACUGCCCGCAGAUGAUGUAAUAACACAUCUCAUGUCCUUGACAAAUGAAAAUGGAUCUGCCAGUUAUAUCAAUGCAGUCUUUGCUGAUCGCUACAAUAAGCAAUAUGGUUUUGUAAUCACACAUUUACCUUUAAAGGAAACACUUGCAGAUUUUUGGGCAUUGGUAUAUGAUUAUAGUUGCACAACAUUGAUCAUAAUGAAUGAAAUCCAAGACCUAGAUGAGACUUAUCCAGCAUUUUGGCCUGAAUCUGGAGAAUGCAGUUAUGGUCUGUUCAAUGUCCAAAAGGUCUUAACAAAGCAGUCUGUAGGAUAUACAGUCACAAGCCUGAAACUCAGGAAACAAAAAAAGGAGACUCCUGUGCAUCUGAUUAACCUCAUACAGUUAAAGGACUGGCUAAUGCACCAGUGUCUCCCACGAUCAGACACCAUUAUUAAGAUGCUUACAGAAGUGCAGAGCUUGCAACAGAAACCAGAUGAUGGCACUGUCCUAGUCACAUGUUGGGACGGGGCAUCUAGGAGUGGUCUGUUCUGUGCUGCCAGUAUCAUACAUGAACAGAUUAAGCAAGAAGGGCUGGUUGAUGUAUUUCAGGCAAUCAAAACCUUGAGGAGCAGUCGACCUCAGUUAAUUGAAAAUAAACAACAAUACCAAUUUUGUUACAAAUUGGCUUUGUCCUUGUAUUCAUUUGUUGAAACCUAUGGAAACUGAAAAAGUGCAGUAUAAAUGGAUAAUAUACGAAACAAUGGAUGUGCCAAGAACUGCAUCUGAAAUGUCCAAGAAGCCAUACAUUUAUUGCAACACCUGCUCUUCAGAAUAUAGAAGAAUAUCAGUUAAAUAAAAGAG